CAUGCGCAGAUACCUGGACUCUAUUAUAUAUUCUCAACUCGAGAGUAAACAGGACCCCCAAUUCAGGAAACCCCAAUACCUGAACCUCUACUAUAUGCAUUUCAUUUCUUAGAGUCGUGGGGGCGUCCCUUAUACCCCAAUUCAAAUUCCGACCUUCGCGACUCCUACUAUUCCUAACUGCGGCCUGCGCCAUCCCAAAGGAAUAUGUUGUCCAGUGCUGCCAUUUCCUCUGUACGGGGUUCUCCCUUAAAUCUCUGCCGAAGAUGCCUCCUUAAAUCAUUAGCUGCCGGACGACAACAAACUAGAUCGAUAUCCACCUCGUAUCUUGAUAAGCAGGCAGAGGCGAAGAAGAUGUGGGACGAGAGAGCCCAGUUAAUUCAAGAGGGAAAGCUACCGCAUCUCUGGGAUAUGUUCAAGGAGCGUGGAUACGUCAAAGAUAUUGCCGGCACCGAUAAACAGAUUAGAGAGCUUAUGAGGGUGAAAAGAAUAGGCGCUUACGUCGGAAUCGACCCUACCGCACCCUCUCUUCACGUCGGCCACUUAUUGCCUCUAAUGCCUCUUUUCUGGAUGUAUAUACAUGGCUACCGAGCUGUUAGCUUAGUCGGAGGCGCCACAGUCAAGAUCGGCGAUCCUACCGGUCGUUUAAAGAGCCGCGAUCCCAUUUCCAGAGCGGACAUAGCUAUGAAUAUUACCAAGAUACAUUACCAGUUGAAACGUAUAUGGGUCAACGUCGAGACCCAAGCGGACCGCUUCGGCUACAAGAAAGAACCUAGGAUAUGGAGUCGGGCGCUGGUAAAUAACAGCAUGUGGUAUAACAACCUGCCCUUCAUCGAGGUCGUAGCUCGGCUGUUCAAGGGAAUACGAGUAGGACCUAUGCUCUCGCGCGAGACCGUCAAGCGCAAGAUGGAAGAGGGUGAUGGCAUGUCAUUGGAUGAAUUCGUAUAUCCACUGAUGCAGGGUUGGGACUGGUGGCAUUUGUAUAACAAACGAGGUGUUCAACUGCAAAUAGGAGGGUCUGACCAAUACGGGAAUAUCAUCUCCGGUAUCGACGCAGUCAAACACAUCAGAGAUAACGAUCCCAACCCGGCUACGAAAAUCCCUAAUGAUUUUCUUCAUACGCCUAUUGGCUUUACUGUUCCCCUCUUGACUGAUUCUUCUGGUGUUAAGUUUGGGAAGAGCGCGGGCAACGCCGUCUGGCUCGACCAAUUCAUGACGAGCACUUUCGAUUUGUAUGGCUACUUUAUACGACGGCCUGAUGCUGAUGUUGAGAGACUGCUGAAGCUGUUUACCUUUCUUCCCUUGCAGGAAAUUAGUAAGACUAUGGAGAAGCACAACCAAGACCCCUCCAAGCGUCAUGCCCAGCAUGCUCUUGCGCACGAAGUAGUUGCGCUUAUUUAUGGAAUAAAAGAAGCAAAAGAUGUACAGAAUCGGCACAAGGGGCUAUUCUCUAAGUCAAGCGAUACCCAAAUAUCUUCAUACCCGACGGAUCGGCCAGCCUCGUCGAAUAUGGCAUCGGGCUUUCAAGUCGAUAUGAAACUCCCCGAGUCGCUGAUUUUGGGCAAGUCUAUAAGUCGAAUUCUAUAUGCUGCCGGCCUCGCAGACAGUGUCACUGAUGGAAAUCGCUUAACACAACACCAGGGCGCCUAUAUAGGCGGUUCUCCCGGCCAACCUUCGGCUACUAACAAGGGGAUGUCUUACGGCGAGCUAACCUACACGCCAAUCAAGAACUGGUUUCCCCAGGAUACCAAGAAUUUCCUCAUCGAUGGCGAACUCUUAAUAUUGCGGCGAGGAAAGCACUUUGUCCGAGUAGUCAAGAUGGUUAGCGAUAAGGAAUGGGCAGAUAGUGGCUUGAUGUACCCGGGCGAACCGGGUACGGGUCGGGUGCGACUAUUGAGAGACAUGCUGAAGAAGGCCGCUGCAAAUCAGAAUCUCGCCGUAGAUGACCCCGAGACAAAGCAGAAGCUUCUGGACGGAGCGACAAACCUGUACCAGGACAGAAAAGGCCUACUGGAUGAUUUCCUACCCGAGUCGCUCCAGGUCGAUAGCAACCGCGCGAGGCAGAUCCUCUCAGAGUCUUUCAUACGCAUCCGCUCCUCUAGCGAGGCGACGAAUACCAAGACAAAGACGGCGGUGAUCGACAAGGUGCUGGAGAGGGCCCGCCAGGAGAUAGAAAUCCGCAACCAGGAGGAAGCUAGGAAGCUCCAGAAGCAAAAGCCUAAGACAGAAUAUAAGAAAACGCCGGCUGGUGCAUCUUCUAAACAAGGCGAUCUUAUAACACGCCACUUUGUAGAAUAAUUGCUAUUUAGCCGUAAAAUCAAAUGAAUUCACCUCAAAUUAUUCCGGUCUUCUGUAUUCAUUACUAGAGCAGGUGCCUCGACGCGGAGAGGCAUGCUAUAGCCUGUAUCUAAGGGUUAGGAUUCCAUAAGCGAG